CCAAAUUUAAGAAACAAACGCGUAUUACCAUGCCUUAGGAUGGCUAAUUGCUUAUAAAACCAAUUUGAUAUCCUCAGUCUGAGUCUUAUGGUGAGUUGUACGUACACAUUUUUUUUCCAGGACGAGCCAGUUUUUUUACAUAAUUUUUUAAAAACUUUUCGUACGCGUAUACAAUUUGUGGGUCAUUUUGAACACCAAGAAAAUUUUUGCUCAAAUGUGACUAAACAAAAAAAGCGUGCUAGUGCUCAUUUGUGAAUUUUGCGGUGCCUAGUGAUAACGGUAUUGAACUUUAUUUUCUGAUUUUUUUUUAUGCUAUGUAUGUACGUAUGUAUAUAGUUGGUGAAUUUUGUUUUGCUCUGGGAUAACUGUAUUCUACUACAUACAGCAAACAUACGUACAAGCUUAUGAAAAUGUGAAGACGCUCGUGUAGACAAUUUUUUUGCUCAGUGAUAUGCGAAUGUAAAAAUCUGUGCCAUUAAAAUGCAGCGAAGAAACCAGAUUCUAUCACGGCAAAGAAUUGAAGAAAUUUUCAAUGAUGAUGACGAGUCACUUGAUGAAGCGUCUGAUGAAGAUCAAGAUUUUCGAUGUGAUGAAUCUGAAAUAAAUGAGUCUGAUAUAUCUACAGAUUCUUUUGAUAGCGCUGAAAGUCUUAGCAGAGAAACACAAGGAAAUAAGGAAUGUUUUCCUGCAAAAGAUGGUACGAUUGUUUGGUAUAAAGAUCCUCAACAAAUUCAAUGCAGCAGAAUGCGACAAGAAUGCAUUCUUUCAAAUAAACCAGGCCCUUCACAACACGCACGUUCCUUGGUUGCUAGCAUAAAAGGUGCUUUCGAUUUAUUCAUUUCACUAGAACUGAAACAAAUUAUUGUUGAAAUGACCAACCUCAAGGGCGUGCAGUUAUAUGAAAGUAAGUGGGAGAUCAUUGAUAUAAUGGAACUGGAAGCAUACUUUGGGCUGCAGAUCAUGGCUGGUGUUUCCAAGUCUAACGGGGAAAGCUUGAGAUGCUUAUGGGAUGAAACAAAUGGAAGACCCAUAUUCCGCGCUGUUAUGCAUAUUGAAAGAUUUAUGCAAAUUUCACGAUGCCUCCGUUUUGAUAGCCAUGAAGAUAGGGAAACCAGACGGUUACGUGAUAAGCUAGCUCCAAUAAGAAAUAUUUGGGACAAAUGGAGCAAAAAUCUUAAACUGAUGUAUAAUCCAAAUGAAAAUGUGACCGUCGAUGAGCAGCUGGUACCUUUUCGUGGAAGAUGCUGUUUUAGACAGUACAUACCUUCCAAACCUGCCAAAUAUGGCAUAAAAAUAUGGGCUCUUUGCGAUUCCAAGUCCAACUACGCAUGGAAUAUGGAUGUCUAUCUAGGAAGGGCCAGAAAUACUCAGCCAGAAAAGAAUCAAGGUAAAAGCUAUCAACAUGAGAAAAAUAGCAGUGAAACAAAUAAUACAAAAAUAUUUUCUUUAGGUGAAAAUGUAGUUAUAAAUCUCACACGCAAUUUGGGGAGAGGUUAUACCGUCACGUGUGACAACUUUUUUACAACCUACAAUUUGGCUGUCGAAUUGCUACGACGUAAAAUAACGGUAGUAGGAACAGUUAGAAAGAACAAGAAGUUUCUUCCCCUCCAAGCUAUUGACGUCAGGAAAAAACCAGAGUAUUAUUCGGAAUUCUUUUUCACACAAAAUGUGACUGUUGUGACCUAUAUGCCAAAGAAAUACAAAUUCGUUGUUGCAAUGAGUACUCUUCAUCAUUCGGCAGAGACUAGGGCUGAUCAGAAAAAGAAACCAGAAAUAAUACAUCACUAUAAUGCGACUAAAGCAGGUGUUGAUGCGCUGGACCAAUUAGUAGCAACGUACACAUGUAAACGCCAAACGAAACGAUGGCCAGUUGCACUCUUUUCCAAUAUGGUCGAUGUUUCGGGAUAUAACGCAUAUGUUAUAUGGACCGAACUUAAUCCCGAAUGGAACAGAAAUAAAAACUUUAAGCGGGGAUUAUUUUUAGUAGACUUGGCCACAUCUUUGGUAACUCCGCACAUUGCACGCCGAAAGCGAAUGCCCUAUGGUCCUGCUGCAAAAAGAGUUGUGGAAAACAUCCAGGAAGCAGUCGCAGCAGACACUCCCAGUUUAUCCACGGUCGUGCAGCCUCAAGAUUCUCCAUUAUGCUUCUUGGGUAAGAGGCAAAGGUGUUUUUAUUGUCCACAUACUAAAAACUCCAACAAGCAUUCAGUUCGUUGCGAUAAAUGCUUGAAAUUUAUAUGCAAACAACAUAGUAUAAAGGCAGUUAUAUGUAUAAAUUGUCAGAAUUGAUGUAUUUUUUACUGAGUCCUAUUGAAAACAAUUUUGAAUUUGUUAAUUUUAUGUUUGAAUAAUAAAAAAAAUGAGUUUGCCAUUAUAAUUUUAACAUACUGACGUGUUUUUGCUAUUGGGUCAUAUUGACCCACAAAUUGUUUAUGAGGGGUACAAUCUCAAUUUGUGCAGAAGGGUUAAACAUGUGAGUUCAGGUGGAACAGUACAUUUCAUACUUGUAACCAGAUGUUGGAAAAUCCUGAAAUACAUAAGUUAUAUUGGAGCUUGGGCAAGUUUUCACCUGAUUUUAUAUAUUUUAGGCACAAAGAUGAUUGGGUAUAUGGGAGCUAAGGGAUGUACUGACCGGAUUCAAUCCAUUUUUGAUAUAACUACAUACAUACAUACUUUUAUCAGGAAAGGAUUUUCUGCGAAUUUCAAUCACACAUUCACUGAUAUUUCUGGUAAAAUCCGAUUUUGACAAUUUUUAUACUCUCGCAACAAAGUUGCUAAAGAGAGUAUUAUAGUUUUGUUCACAUAACGGUUGUUUGUAAGUCCUAAAACUAAAAGAGUCAGAUAUAGGGUUAUAUAUACCAAAGUGAUCAGGGUGACGAGUAGAGUUGAAAUCCGGACGUCUGUCUGUCCGUCCGUCCGUCUGUCCGUCCGUCCGUGCAAGCUGUAACUUGAGUAAAAAUUAAGAUAUCAUGAUGAAACUUGGUACACGUAUUUCUUGGCUCCAUAAGAAGGUUAAGUUCGAAGAUGGGUAAAAUCGGCCCACUACCACGCCCACAAAAUGGCGGAAACCGAAAACCUAUAAAGUGUCAUAACUAAGCCAUAAAUAAAGAUAUUAAAGUGAAAUUUGGCACAAAGGAUCGCAUUAGGGAGGAGCAUAUUUGGAAGUAAUUUUUUUGGAAAAGUGGGCGUGGCCCCGCCCCCUACUAAGUUUUUAGUACAUAUCUCGGAAACUAUUAUAGCUAUGUCAACCAUUAACCAACAAUGUCGUUUCCUUCAGGCAUUUCCAUAUACAGUUCGAAAAUGGAAGAAAUCGGAUAAUAACCACGCCCACCUCCCAUACAAAGGUUAUGUUGAAAAUCACUAAAAGUGCGUUAACCGACGAACAAAAAACGUCAGAAACACUAAAUUUUACGGAAGGAAUGGCAGAAAGAAGCUGUACCCAGGCUUUUUUUAAAAAUUGAAAAUGGGCGUGGCCUCGCCCACUUAUGGACCAAAAACCAUAUCUCAGGAACUACUCGACCGAUUUCAGUGAAACUCGGUUUGUAAUACUUUUUCAACACUCUGAUGACAUGUACGAAAUAUGGGCGAAAUCGGUUCACAACCACGCCUUCUUCCAAUAUAACGUUAUUUUGAAAUCCAUCUGAUGCCUUCUCUGUAUAAUACGAGUAUGUAUAUACAUUAGGAACCAAAAUAAAAAAAAUAUGGAAAUGACGGAUAAUGAAAUCUCGAUUAUCACCUUAUCAUGCGAGAGUAUAAAAUGUUCGGUGACACCCGAACUUAGCCCUUCCUUACUUGUUAUACUUACGUACAUAUCUUAAUGAAAAUGAAGGAAUCAAAUGAAAGUUGUGUUAUGUUGUAACAUAGACAUGUUAGGAUAUGUUACCGAAAUUGAAAUUGGUCCAGCAGAUCCCAAGAUAUGACAUCUUAUAAAGUUUUCCUGUAUCAUCCCGAAUCUAAAAUUCAAUGCCUCUGACGCUUUCAUUUAAGAGGUGUCAAAUCGGUGUUAUAAUUCAUAAUUCUAGACAUAUGGGAAGAUCGGACACAAAUGAAAGACAUGAGUCACUGUAUUAUUAUAAAUGAGUGAAAACCUUUCGAUUUGCAAUCGAGCAAACUCCCCUAUCUUUGUGACUGCUGGCAGAACGGAGCUCCUUGACGUUACGCUAGCUUCUGGGAAUAUUGUUCCCUUGAUCAUAGAUACAUAUAUAAGUUUCUGCUUGGACCUUUUGCGCCCAGAAUGCAAAGCAAAUAGAUACAUACAUAUUUUAGGAAUAUAAAUUGGGACUUGUAUUACAGUAAACUUCGACAGGGAAUUGAUCCUAUUCGCAAAUGCGAUUGAUGAGCUCAUCAAUGUCUUCAGUUCUGUGUCUAGGGUUACUCUUGAAAGCUCCUGUCCUUGAAAUCUGAGAAGGUAAACGCGAAACUCCGUGAAACGGGUUGUCACGGUUUAAGCUGUACGGGCUUCCUGGGCCUUCUCAAUGGACAUCACCUCAGCUGGGCGCUGAAUCCCUGCUCAGCAUGCCUAUAUUAUAUGCAAGUCGGCCGACAUUGGUUUGUACGAUGUAUUUUAUGGCUGAAUGUGGUAUCCCCGCAAAACUAAUCAAACUUUGUAAGCUGACGUUGAGCAACACAAAUAGUUCCGCCAGCAUCGAGAAGGACCUUCCCGAGCCGUUCGAUACGAAGCGAGUGUGGCUUUUUCAAUCUAUUGCUGGAGAAAAUAAUGCGAGCUGCAGAGCUAAAUAGAGAAGGUACAAUAUUCUACAAGAGUAUACAGCUGCUAGCCGACGCCGAUGAUAUUGAUAUCAACCACCACCGCGCGAAGUGAUACGUAGUUGCCGCGAGAAACGCGAGUGAUCCUAGCGCAACUUCGUUCUGGGUAUUGUAGCAGGUUAAACUCCUACUUAUCCAGAAUCGACCCCGACAUAUCCAAUAUAUGUCCUGCAUGCAACGAGUCUCCGCAUGACACUGGCCACCUCUUUGCAUGCCCCACAAACCCAACUCAUCUAACACCUUCCUCCCUUUGGUCCGAUCCCGUCGAAACAGCGCGUUUCCUGGGCCUACCGUUAGAUGACCUCGACGACAACACAGAUGACCCUUACCACCCUAACGGGGAUUAGCAUAUCCGUUAAAACAACAAACAACAAACGUAUGGAUCUGGUUGUGAACGAGGACAAGACGAAAUAUCUCCUGUCAUCAUACAAACCGUCAUCGCACGUC